AUGGCGCGUGACAUGUCUGAUAAAGACAUCCUGAAAAUGGAGCUUGAACAACUUCAGAAGGAAGUAAAGACCACAAGAGAGCCUGUUUCAAAGACAGCAAAGGAGAUGUGUGAAUGGGUGGAGACCAAGUCUGCUGAAGACCCUCUCAUCAAAGGUGUGCCUGAGGACAAAAACCCCUUCAAGGAGAAGGGUGGCUGCAUCAUAACCUAG